CGGUGACGGCAAUGAGGUUAGUUGUUGGUUCAAAAAGUCUGAAAACUCUUCUAAUAACCUCGAAAGACGAACCAACUAUUGCUAAAAUCCAUGCUCUCAUGAUCUUGACUGGGAUCUUUGGUCAUGGAAACUCCAAUGCGAAGCUAAUACAAUCAUACGCUCGACUGGGCCACAUCGAAUCUGCGCGCCAAGUGUUUGAUAAAUCGCCUCAAUGUGGUGUAGAUGCUUGGAAUGCUAUGAUCAUCGCAUAUUCACGAAGAGGUGCAAUGUUUGAAGCUUUGAGUCUUUAUCAUCGGAUGGCGUCAGAAGGGGUUAGACCCGAUAGCUCAACUUACACUGUUGUGCUGAAGGCGUGUACGAGGUCGUUGGAUUUGAGGAGUGGAGAGGAGACUUGGCGCCAAGCGGUUGAUCAAGGGUAUGGGGAUGAUGUUUUUGUUGGGGCAGCGGUUCUGAAUUUGUAUGCCAAGUGUGGGAAGAUGGACGAAGCGAUGAGGGUGUUUGAUAAAAUGGGUAGAAGGGAUCUUGUUUGUUGGACAACAAUGAUAACAGGGUUGGCACAGAAUGGCCAGGCAAGGGAAGCGGUUGAUAUUUAUCGACAGAUGCAGAAGAAGAGAGUGGAAGGAGAUGGGGUUGUGAUGUUGGGGUUGAUCCAGGCUUGUACAACUCUUGGGCACUCAAAAAUGGGUCUUUCUAUACAUGGGUACAUGAUUAGGAAGGAUAUUAUAAUGGAUGUUAUUGUUCAAACUAGCCUGGUGGAUAUGUAUGCUAAGAAUGGACAUUUGGAGCUUGCAUCUUGUGUAUUCAGGAAGAUGCUUUACAAAAACGUCAUUUCAUGGAGUGCAUUAAUUUCUGGCUUUGCUCAAAAUGGUUUUGCAGGUAAUGCACUUCAAUUAGUGGUGGACAUGCAGAGCUUUGGAUACAAACCCGAUUCAGUGUCACUAGUAAGUGUGCUCCUAGCAUGUUCCCAAGUUGGGUUUUUGAAAUUGGGUAAAUCUGUACAUGGAUAUAUUGUGAGAAGGCUCCACUUUGAUUGUGUCUCCAGCACUGCAGUGAUUGACAUGUACUCAAAAUGUGGAUCCCUUUCUUCUGCACGUACAGUUUUUUAUCAGAUUAGCUUUAGGGACUCGAUCUCUUGGAAUGCAAUUAUUGCCAGCUAUGGAAUCCAUGGGUCUGGGGAGGAAGCUCUCUCACUCUUCCUCCAGAUGAGGGAGACAAACGUAAAACCAGACCAUGCAACUUUUGCAUCUCUUCUCUCUGCCUUCAGUCAUUCGGGUCUAGUGGAAAAGGGUCGGUACUGGUUCAGCAUCAUGGUUAAUGAAUAUAAAAUCCAACCAAGUGAGAAACACUAUGCAUGUAUGGUUGAUCUCUUGUCUCGUGCUGGACGAGUGGAAGAAGCUCAAGAACUGAUAGAUUCCAUGAUAACUGAACCAGGAAUUGCCAUCUGGGUAGCCCUCCUGUCAGGUUGCCUUAAUCAUGGGAAGUUUUUGAUUGGAGAGAUGGCAGCAAAGAAGGUCCUUGAGUUAAAUCCAGAUGAUCCAGGAAUUUAUGCUUUAGUUUCAAACUUCUUUGCCACAGCAAGGAGGUGGGAUGAAGUAGCUGAGGUUAGGAAGAUCAUGAAGAAGACAGGGAUGAAAAAGGUGCCUGGUUACAGUGUAAUGGAAGUGAAUGGAAAGCUCCAUGCUUUUCUGAUGGAAGAUAAGAGCCACCAUCAAUAUGAAGAGAUUAUGCAAGUUUUGGGGAAGUUGGACUAUGAGAUGAAAGCUAUGGGCUAUGUCCCAAAGACUGAAUUUGUGUUGCACAAUCUCGAAGAGGAAGUGAAGGAAAGAAUGUUGUGUAAUCAUAGUGAGAGACUUGCUAUUGCUUUUGGGCUCUUGAACACUGGGCCAGGAACCAGACUACUAAUCACUAAGAACCUUAGAGUGUGUGGUGAUUGCCAUGAAGCAACCAAGUUCAUCUCCAAAAUUGUGAACAGAGAGAUUGUUGUGAGGGAUGUGAAGCGGUUUCAUCACUUCAAGGAUGGGGUCUGUUCAUGUGGUGACUAUUGGUGAGCCUGGAAAUGCGAAGGUUUGUCUAUCUUUGUUGGGGUUGGUAUGGUCCAGGUGCUGAAGCACAAUAUGAAAGAUGAAGUAACUCUGAUGGAAGAAGUUAUCACUAUUUUGACAGGGUCAGAAAAAGAGUUUCCUAACCAAUGCCUUAAGUGGAUAUUGGAAACAGCUCUGAGCUUGAACAAUUCCUAAUAACCAGUAAAUGAUCUUGAAUGGUUUAUGAAUCUAAUCUAUCCAUCCCUUUUUACUAGGGGAUGCUGGGGAAAUUGUGUUCAUUGCCAUUCAUCGAUGCAUUGACCUUUAUUCCGGAUACAUGUACAAAAAUGAUGCAGCCAAGUAAAAGAAUCAAAGGCCCCAAAGGCCUAACAUGUUCCUGAAAUUAGUAAAACCUUCUUCCAGAAACCUGAACUCUUGUUGGACAUCUGGAAUUGUUGCUGAAAGGGACAUACUGAUUUGUCAAGCCCUGCAUGUUCUAGCAUGACUUCCAUCAGAUGGAUGAAUGAAUAUUUCUGGCAACAGUAAUUUUUGCUUUCCAAGCAUACAAAAUCAAAGAAGAUAUUGGAUAUUGGUCAUCUCUCUAUAGUCCUAUCAGAAGUCUGAUGAGCUUUACUCUGCUUGCCAGUAUUUAUAAAUGUUACAACACAUUUUGGAAACUUGAGUUGCCACUUUGGGAAAGCAGAUGACAAUAAGAACAUAAAGAAGUUGGAGAGGUUUAGCCAGUUCCAUAUUCAUGUUCAUUUUGAAUCCUAUUUGCUUCCUCUGUCAUUUGGAGGAACAGAUUGCUAAAAGGAAACAUUCAUUUGAAUCCAUGAAAAUAAACCCAGGAAACACAGCUAUGUUUCAUCAUGAAGAUUCCUCAUUAUGACGGUGGAAGCGGUUUGUCCCACUUCAUUUUCAAGCAAGAAGGUUUUUUCAUGGCGAAUCGUGAUAUUUCAGAAAACUGUUGAUGGGGCUUUAAAAAGAAGAAAGUAAAGUUAGAAAGUACUCCUGGAUUCACCCAAAGUCCAAGAUGAUGGUGAGCUUUUGUUAGCACUUGGCUGACCAGACAUACCAUACAGGAUUAGAAAUAUUGGUUCAUCGCUAGUGUGAUACAUACUUUGCUUUGUGCAUAAAGUUUGUAAUGCUGUUGGUGAAUUAGGUGUAAGUUUUAGGCAUAGCCUUAUACGAUAAAAUAUCCAAGACCCAACUGAAAUAUCGUAAGAUAUUAGGGGCCUUGCUGAUAAUUAGCAAGAGUUGGUUACAAGUUGCUACAUUGCCUGCCUUGCUCUUAUUGUUCCAUAUAUGUAAGACCCCCAACUCCAUCUAUUUCUAUUGUGUGGAUGGCCAAUGCAACCUAUAGCUGGAUGAGCCACAUUUUUUGGCUAUAUAAAAACAAGGUCAAUGAUUGAAGUCA